AUGGCCGUCUUCCAGGAAAAGCCGGAAACGGCAGCGGCCAAGUCGACACAUGUAUCCGAUCCCGCUCUGGAUCCAUUCCUCCAAUCGCAAUUCGACUCCGCCGACUACCUUAAUGCCACGCUCCCCUCGCUAUCGCUAAGCUCAAGAUCAAAGACAGGCAAUGCCGCCUCGCUGGCCGACCUCUCCUCCCAGACCCAAGACCUCCUCUCACAACUCAACGCACAUACGACCCGGUUAUCUGCCAUACUCACGCAAUUGACCGAUGACAUACUGCGGACUGGCGGGCGGCUGGCUUACGAGGUCGAGGUAUUGCGGGGGGAGGCAGUCAGCCUCACAGAGACCCUAACGGAUGGUCUAAAGAACGACGUUGAGAAGUUUCUGCCAGGUGGAAUCACUCUGAAAGCAGACCCUAUAGAAGGAGAACCUGGAAGCCCUGCGCCAGCACAAACAGAAGCCCCCAGCGAAGCAUUCCCAGCGCUCGUAGAACCCGAAGAUACCACGCCCGAAUACAUCUCCGACCUUCGCACCCUGACCACGGUCCGCUCGCGCCUUGAGAAUGUCAUCAAGGUUUUCGGAGAAGCCAUGCACUGGACGAUCCCUCCUAGCGAGGUAUCCCUAGGCGCCUCCCUAAUCAGCGUCUCUGCCCCCGAGCCCGGCACCGACAGCGCCUCCCGCGAGCAAAAAGGCAAAGAAUUCGCCGCCUCGCUCCGCUCCGAGAUUGCCGACCUCAUCACAGGCGAUCCAGAAGGCGGCAUGCACAAGGCCGAGGUGCGCAUACAAGCGCUGAGAGAUCUCGCUCAGGUAUGGAAGGGCACAGCCGAAGAAAAAGCAAGAACAAAGUUCAUCGACGGCUUGGUGAAGCUGGCAGAGGACAAGCAGCGCGAGCUGGACAGGGAAAGGGAAAAGAAUAAGGAUCGAGGCCAGCAGAAGCCAGCUCGUAGCUCUAGUGUCUCAAAGUCACAGCCGCAGCCUCCGCAGCAAAGAACCGGUGGCUUUCUGGAAAAUCUGCAGAGAAUACGAGGCUUUGUGGAAUAA